CUAGGUGAGGGGGCUUUUGGUGAAGUGUUCAAGGCAUACUACCGUGAGCCAGGCACCAACGCCCGCUUGGUUGCCGUCAAAACCCUGAAGACUGGCGCAGCCUAUGAGGACCGGCAAGAAUUUUUGGAUGAGGUUCAUCUGAUGAAGGAGCUCAACGGGCAUCCUAAUGUCCUGGGUAUCAUUGGACAUUGCCUCUUGGAUGAGCCCUACCUGUUGUUGGUUGAGCUGUGUAUGCACGGCAACCUCCGUGAUUUGCUGCGCGCCAGCCGCGCCUCGAGUUCUAACAUGCAAUUCGAAUUCGAGCAGCUUCGCAAGUUUUCGAUGCAGAUCUGCAGUGGCAUGGCACAUCUGCACCAACAAGGCAUCCUGCACCGCGAUCUUGCAGCGCGUAACGUGCUGGUCAGUAAAGGUCUGCAUUGCAAGGUGGCUGACUUUGGCAUGUCACGCCAACACGACGAAUACCGUACCACAGCCACACGCUUGCCCAUCAAAUGGAUGGACAUUCAAAGUUUGGCUGAUCGCAUUUAUACGACCAAGUCAGACGUGUGGUCGUUUGGUGUGACGUGCUUUGAAAUAUUUUCAUUGGGAGGAACCCCCUAUCCCACAUAUUCAAACGGGCAAAUGUUGGACCUGCUGCGUAGCGGGUACCGUAUGCCGAAACCCUCACAAGCCAACCAAGCCAUCUACGAUAUCAUGCUUCUGACUUGGCAGGAAGAUCCGGAUCAUCGUCCGGUACGUUUAAGGCAAUGGUUUUCUUGA